UAAAACAUCAUUUUCAUGAAAAAGUAGAUCUACUUAUCUAUGAAGCCGCCUUUUAAAUUAGGGAAAAAACCAGUUUAUUUGCCAAAUAUUGUUUUUACUUUAUUGCGGAGUCCUUAUCUUUUACCAACUCAAGCAGCUUUUAAAGUCCCAAUAACGGUUAACAAGUUUGAUGUUAAGGAUUAUCUUUUUCAUAUAUAUCGGAUUGAGGUUACUCGUGUAAGAUCAAUGAUAUGUUAUCGCAAGAGAAUUCGUAGAAAAGAUUAUACAAAGAUGCUUGAGAGGACACCGUCGUUCAAGAAAGUUAUCGUUGACAUGAAAGAGCCAUUUAUAUAUCCUAAAGAACCGGAAAAUUUGGAUCCGUGGAAUAAAAGAUAUACGGAUGGACUUCAAUUAUGGACACAAUCAAAGAUAUUUAGGAGGCGACGUCGUGAGCCAAAGAUCUGGAAAGAACUUAGAAAAGUUAAAAAUGCAAUAGCAAGAUAAUUUAUUUGCUUUAUGAAUUAUAAAAAAAAUACAAGA